GUGCCCCGUGGAAGUAUUGAUCAAAUAUUUUGGGCAAAUUCGCAUAGUAAGUUGAACAAUCUCAGAACAGGAAACCACACGUAGCCAGGACGGGAUGGAAUUUUCGGACCUUCCUAAUGAGAUUUUAGGUAAAAUCUUCGCCUUGCUGCCGGUGGACGAGCUGGUAACGAUUUCACUCGUCUGCACCGCUUGGAGAGACCUGAUCCGUACGUUCAUUCUGCCGAAGCAUGCCGUCCUCCACGUUCGGCCAGUUCAUCCCGUUACCCAUCAAUUCGUCGCGAUGGAGAAGGUCCUGGCGGAGCAGUGUGCUAGGCCGUUUCCCUGCUCCCACUUGAAGCUAACCCUUCCCAACGGAGAUCUGCUUCGAUCGGACGAGUUUCAGCAGUACUUCCGGCAGCAAGGAUGCGCCCUUAAAUCGCUGUCCCUCCAGGUGACAGAGCUGAGCACGGAACUGCUGGAAGUAUUCCCCACGCUGUACAGCCUGGAGAAGCUGAGCGUUACGAGUGAAUCGGAAUCGGCGUACGGUGCACUUCCGACCAACAUGGAAACGGCACUCCGUUCCCUAAAGGGUCUCAAGCAUCUAAACCUCCACCUCGCUGGCUACUCUAUCUUGCGUAGUCUCCCGUUCCUGAACGAUGCCCCGUUAGUGUCGCUGGUGUUCGAACGGUUCGAAAUGGAACUUCACCAUCUAAAGCUGCUGCUGAAUGGUCACCAGGGAACGGUGCGUGAGCUGACCGUGCGGGUCGAUGAGCUGAAACCUCUGUUGGUGCUUCUGAACUCUUACGAUCAGUUGCGGUUGACCAAGCUGAACCUGAAAUCGUCCGGCAACGAGGAUGACUUCUCCGAUGCGCUGAUACGGCUGUACGAGAAUCAACCGCAGCUCCGCUCGCUAACGAUCGGUUCGGAGCUUUCGCUACGAGCCGUCGAGGCGUUGCCAAAGAAGUUGCCCGUCCUGCAGGAGCUGGACAUUAUUGCCGAGAGUGUCAACAACUGCAGUGCGUUUGCCGAGUUGCGCCACCUGCGCCGACUAACCCUGUGUCUGUAUGAUGUGCGCGCCUGGGACGAAACGGUGGCGAUCGAGAGCGUUACCGAGCUCUCGUUGGCCGUAACGUUCCCACUCAUUUCGCCGGCCAUCUUUUGCUCCUUCCCGAACCUGCACCGGCUGUACUUGGAGGACGUGGACGACGAGACGCUGAUGCGGGACAUCAUCGUAGUGCGCACGCUGAUGGAGCAGAUGCGUCGGGUCCGGGUUCUCGAUCUAGAAAACUUUGUUUUCCGCGAACGCGAGAUACUGAACGACGGUGUGCUUCGGUUCGAUGAAAUGGAUCAAUUGCAGUGUCUAAAGUAUAGCUGCCGCGAUAUGUCCGAUGCCUCGCUGCUAACGUUCACGCUACCGAAUCUUCGCGAGCUUUGCCUGACGCACUGCCCACACGUGACGUUCCAGGGCAUUUCGUUCCUGGUGCGCAACUGUCCGCUGAUCGAGCGCUUGCAUUUGGAAUCGAACAAACGGACACUGCAGGAUGAUGGCCUAGGGUUGAUCGCACGGAAGUUGACCCACCUGCGACGGUUGGUCGUGGUCAACCUGCGCGCUUUGACGAACGUUUCCGUUGAUGCAAUCAUCGAGAACUGCUUCUACCUGCAGGACUUGACCAUAUCGCACUGUGUGGGAAUCACGCUCGAUAAGGCGGAAGCUAUCGCUAAGCUAACCGCCGUGACGUCAUUGAAAAACUUAGUCUAUAACUGA